CUAUGGCAAGCCUGAUAAAAACUGCUGCUGUUGCAGUUGCAAUGAGAAAGUGUCCUUUUUUAUCCAAUGAAGUUCUCUCAUUUGCUUUGAAAAGUCGAUCUUUGUCAAUGUUUGCAAAGAAAUGUCCAGUUAUGAGUAAACUGAUGACUCAGGGUGUUGUUACACUCCCUGCUACUUAUGACUUAAAAGGUGAGAACGAGGCUGGUCCAGAAGAAGAGUUGAAAUUGCCAACUCUUACUAAGCUGGAAGCUCCAACUCAAAAAAAUGAGGCUCAACCUCUUCCUCCUAAAUAUGACUCCAUUCUCAAUGAUAAUAUUGAGGCAAAAAAACGGGACUCAACCUACAGGACGUUCCAAGUGCUAUCUCGGACAGCUGAAAAGAAGCCAUACGCCAUGGCAAGAACCACCCCACUGCAACUGGAAGAUGAAGAUGUGAGCGUGUGGUGUUCAAAUGAUUACCUUGGAAUGUCAUCUCAUCCCAAAGUUACUGGAGCAGUUAUUGAUACCAUCAACCGUCAUGGAGUAGGGGCUGGUGGUACACGAAGUAUAGGUGGAACCUCUCACUAUCACGUUGAGUUAGAGGAUACUCUGGCUGAUCUACAUGGCAAGGAUUCCGCAUUACUUUUCUCAUCUUGCUAUGUUGCGAAUGACACAACUCUACAAACUCUGGGAAGAGUGCUGAACGCUGAGAUUUAUAGUGACCAAGGGAACCACGCUAGCAUGAUAGCGGGUAUCAACAAUUCUAGAAUGCCAAAGUUUGUAUUUCGUCACAAUGACUUGGAUCAUUUGGAGGAGCUUCUUGCGAAAGGUGACCCAGAUCGUAUGAAGAUAGUAGCGUUUGAAAGUGUGUAUAGUAUGACGGGAACUAUUGCUCCUAUAGAGGAACUAUGUGAUUUGGCACAUAAGUAUAACGCCCUCACUUUCGUGGAUGAGGUACAUGCAGUGGGUUUGUAUGGUUACCAUGGCGCGGGACUUGCGGAGGAGCGGGGCAUGGCACACAAGAUUGAUAUUGUAUCUGGUACUUUGGGUAAAUCUUACGGUCUGGUCGGUGGUUAUAUUGCUUCUACUGGACCUCUGAUUGAUGUAGUGAGAAGUCUCGGUUCAGGUCUAAUCUUCACCACCUCCAUACCACCUAGUACUGCGGCUGGUGCUGUCACUAGUAUCAACAUUCUCGCGCAGCAGGAGGGACGUGAACUGCGCCUCCGUCAUCGCGCUGCGUAUAAUCUUCUUAGAGUCAAACUGUUAAAAGCUGGAUUCCCGGUACUGGACUGUCCAAGUCACAUAGUUCCUCUUCACAUAGGAGACGCUCUAAAGGCUACACUCUGCAUGGAUACCCUUCUUGAGAAACACAAGCUCUACGUACAGGCGAUAAACUACCCGACGGUACCUAGAGGAAGGGAGUUACUCCGUUUCGUGGCCACCCCCUACCAUACACCCCGCAUGAUGGACUACUUGAUCAGCGCGCUGGAUGAUGUUUGGAGCAACUUGGAUCUGCCCAAAUGUGAAAACUUUUCAUUGAAGAAUUAGUUAUGUCAUGUAGGAAUUUGUUUGUAGAGUUUUUUUUUCUGAGUGAGCUUCAUUAUGGAUAUUACUAUUAUAUAUUUGAUUCUUCAUGAGUUUUUGGAUGAUAGUAUUUUAUGUCGCAACCAGUGAUUUCAAUGAUAAUUUACAUAACAUUAUGAUUUGAUAUUUUUCUACUUAAAUAUUUGGAAAUUGUGCUAGUAUUGUAAGAUUGUAUUCGUCAUAGUAAUGAUAAUUAAUUUUAUUGCGACCCAACUUUAGAAAUUUUACGAGAUUUCAUCAGUUAAUUAUUAUUAAUAGAUAUAAUUAUAUGUUUUAUGCAAAUCAAACUGCAAAUUGUUUUGUAUCAUGUGACCCUUUUGGCCUAUAUCAUAUCUGAGAUUAUUUGUUAUAUUAUAUAGUAUUUGGAGUUAAUUAAUGAUCAAUCAAUAUAUUAUAUUGUGUCCUAACAGUGACCUGCAAUUUGCUACUAUAGUUAAUUAUAUUCUUUUUAUUUGUUUUCUUUUUU